AUGGCCGCUGCCGUCUUCCUGCACAAUGCUAUCUUCACCGCCGACCCACCACCCCCGGCCUCGCUCGCGCACCGCGCGCCCAACCGCCGCGGGCCACACGACCGCACGCUCUCCUCCGUGUCGACCGUCACCCUUACAACAUCCACGUCAGAACACUCCCACCCCACCGAGCCCUUGAUCCACCCCGGCGGCUCGGAGUCCUCUGUCUACCUCGACUUGCUCGCACGACAGCCCACACAUCCCAGCAGCGCGCCGGAACCAAGACCGCAGGGGUUGACAUUGCAGGGUGAUCCUGUUACUCCAAGAGAGCGACGAAGUCUUUGGGAGCGGUCGGUGCGGAAGCGGUUACAGAGGUUACGAUGGACAGGACGGGUCUUGCUGGGUGUAAUAUGCAGCUGGGCGGUGUACAACACGGUGCGCUACUACGUCGGCGCGAUGCUACAUCUCUACCGGGACCGCCAGAUCAUCAACCUUGUCCUCGGCUCCUGCGCCGCGAUGUCCCUCGCGUGCCUCCUCGUCUCUAUCAUUAUCGCUGCGUCGGCCCCUCACUUCGGCUGGUACUACCGGCCACGGUCGACCCACGUUCUCUUGCAAGACUUCCUAGAUUAUUCAUCCUCCCUCUGUCUCUUUGCGCCUGCUGUAGUGAACUUCGUGUUGGUUUUUCUAUGGAGGGACGCGUCAGAUACCGUCAACAGCCUCCGUGGCAGGUGUCACUGGGACAUCGACGUUGUCUGGUCUGGGAUUGGCGGCCAAUGUGAUCCCUCCCCUGCGUGGGGCUACUGGCUUGCGGGUGCACUCAUUCGACUGCUGGUGACCGGCGUGAUCCUCAUCGCCUACCACGCCGUGUCCUACAAGUACAUAGUCACACGACAACCAUCGCGCCGCAGACAUACGUCGAUCUUUCGCCAUUCCACCUCCUCGUUCCCGCCUCCAUCCACGCGCACUGGCACGACCGCGUCGUCACGCAGCUUCCACCCCGUGAACACGGCAACCACCGCGUCGAGCACGACGGCCCCCGUGUCCGCCGAAGGCAGUCAAUCCCCACCUGCGAUGCGCGACCGCGCGGUGAGCCUCACGAACAGCGAGCCGCGCGCCCUGCGCAGUGCCCGGUCGCGGAUCAUGUCGCAGGACGUGUCCCCUGCAGGGUCCAAGGUCAUCCGACGCGCUGUGUCUGCCACCGCGCUGAAGCCGAGCGGACGCCAGGAGCCCGUGCGCGAGAUGUCGCCGACGUCCUCGACGUCGUCCGACGAAGACCUCUCUGAAUUCGGAGUCGAGGACCGCUUCGGGCGCCCGCUGCACCGGUUCCCCGGCUCGUCGUACUCCUCUGUGCCCAUGGCGAGCCCCUCGCGCCCCGAGGGCAGCAGCUCGGGCGCUGACGCGUGGGACCCCGUGCCCGACGCGGAGCUCAACACGUUCGCGGUCCAGUUCCGCGCGCUCGUCGAGCAGGUCACGCGCGAGACAGACGAGGCGGUCCAGUACGCCCAGCACGACCAGUACACUUCUGCAGGGUACUACUCGGGGGCUGAUCGGCAGGACGCGGCGCACGUCGUCGUCGGGCGCACAAUCCACCGAAUGCCGACCAUUGAGUCGCUCGGCUCGCAUGAGGUGAUGAGCCUCGCGAGUACCCGCGGGGUCUCGCGGCCGUCGACGCGCUCGAACACGCUCACUGGGCUGGACGUACCUCCAAGCCGGAGCAACAGUCGGUCGAAUAGCCUCGACGCCGCCGUCUCGCUCUCCUUGUCGCUCGAUGUCCCUUUGAAUGGCGGCGACCGGGGAGGUGCGGAGAUGGGCGAGCUUGUGCCCAGUCCAACGACGAGCACGCACGGCGCGAUGCUCCUCGGCAGCAAAAGCACUGGAUCAUACCACACCGCGUCGAGUACGAGGAACGAAGGGGGACCGGAGGAGAGAUGAGGGGAGAGGGGGGGAAGACGGUGGGUCGGAGGCUCCCCGGUGCGCUGUCGCACCUCGGAUGGUCCCCGUGCACGUCUGCCAUCUCGGCCAAACGUCGCCUGCAACUCAUACCACUUAGCGGCCCUCGCUGCUGCGUCAUCAUCGCCAUGGACUCACUUUUGGACGAUCGUCAUACCAGGACUGAUGCUGGACGGAUCUGCCCGCCUAUACCUUACUUAUGGAAUCCCUGUACGCCGCCCCUCCUUUGCUCGUGCUGCACUUCACGCUCGCUCGCUUACCACGCACGCU